AUGGACAAUUUCAAUGUUUUUGACGACAUUUCCAAUCUCCCAUCAUUGAACAAUGAUUGUUUUGACCAAUUCUUUGAAACUGAUGCCAAUGAGAUUGACUUUUUAAUUAACGAGGCACUUUCGGGUUUACAAGAUCUUGAUGUUCCUAGUGGAUUUGCUGUCGCCAAUAAUGAUGCUAACAAUGACCAACCUUCCUUUUCAACUUCUUCUUCAAGAACAGCAACAGCCUAUCACUCAGCUCAAAAAUCAAGAUCAAAAUCAAGAUCAAAUACUCAUGCGAGACACAAGAGUGGAACUGCAAUCUUUGGGUUUGCUGAUCAUAAUAGAGAAUUAUCGAUUAAUGGCUUGUCCAGUUUCAGCAGGCCAAUACUUGACCAGAGCCAUUUGACAACAAAAAAAACAUCCGAUGUUAAUAGUAUUGCCCCAGGAGAGUUGUUGCAAAACCAUUCAACCAAAGCAUACAAUUUGAAUAGCUCACCAAUCGCUGAACUGCAAAAAAACCCGCAACAACAACAACCACCACUACCACAACAGCAACAGCAACAAAACCAGAAUUAUCAUCGCCAAACUCGCCAAGAUAUGCCUAGCCAAGAGAUUCUUAACUUCAACUUUGAAGAAAAACCAACUUUAUUAAUUGAAGAACAAGAAAACGAGGAAGAUGAUGAUAGCGCCGAAGAGGAUUCAGGAAAGUUUCGUCAAAGAGCUAUACAACUGUCACCAAUAAAAAGGAUCACUACCCCAAACACAAAAGGACCACAACAAAACUCUACAACUCAGCCACGCACUGUAAAGCAAGAUGACUACAUUGUUACCAACCAGAACCCUGUGUCGUAUAAAUUCCCACCAUCUCCAACUCCACAAAGACUGGAAAGCCAAAAUAAAAAGAUUGCAAACUCUUAUUCUGCCAAGUACUUGCAGUCCUUGCAACAAGAACUCAAUCAAUUACCCAAACUUCCAUUUCAAUAUGUUGACGACUUUGAGCCAUUACUAGAAGAGGAAAAUCCAAUUGGCAACAACAAUAACAAUAAUAUUAAUAAUAAUAACAGUAAUGAUUUAACGUUUGUUCCAUUGCCCAUCCAAGAGCCAGUUUAUAGUAAGCCGUUGGUUGCAUCACCACCACCAUUACCAGAACCGCAACAACAACAACAACAACAACAACAACAACAACAACAACAACAACAACAACAACAACAACAACAACAACAGCAACAACAACAAACAAGGAAACAAAACAACGUAUUUCCUCCUAAGCUGGGAUCACCUCUUAGACAACAAAGUCAAUUGAUGCCACCAGCAAUGGCUAAGCAAAGGAUGGCUAUACCACAACAACAGCAGCAGCAGCAACAACAGCAGCAGCAGCAACAACAACAACAACAACAGUUAGAAGCACAACAAUUUCAAUUCAGUAAUAACUUAACUUUCAACACAUUUUUACCUCCGCCAACUCCACCGCCAUUGUCAAAAGAAUCUCCUGGAUGGGAAUCCUCGCCAGAGCCACAAUCUCCGUCACCCGCAAAAUCAAAUCUUCAAUUUGUUCAAGACACAUCUCCAGUGCAUCCAAGUCUUCAAAAUGAUGAUGUAAAUUUUUAUACACCAAUAUUUUUUAACCCUCAGACGCAAAACCAAACCAAUCAACAACAGCAACAGCAACAACAUUACCAGCCACAACACAGCUAUCCACAAAGCCUGCCAGUUCAGGACUAUCAACAAGCACCAUAUAUUCCCGAUACCCAGUCGCUGCUGAAGACAUACCAACAGAUCAAACAGAUCCAACAGCAACAACAACAGUAUAUCCAGCAACAACAACAACAACAACAGCAGCAGCAGCAGCAACAACAGCAAAACCAAUACUUUCAAAGGCAGGCUCCAUCACCACAACAACAACCAAAUUACUAUAGUUCACCUUACAACAAAACCACCACCACCCACAACAACAACAACAACAACACAAACAACACGUACAAUACUAAUAAUAAUAUCAAUAAUUAUAUAUCUUCUUCACCAUUUACAACCACCAUUAACUCUUCACCAAUAAAAUAUUACACUUCGCCUGUUCGACCUAAUGACCAAACUUCGCUUAACCCAGACUCUACACUCACUGAGCUCAAAAAUAGCCAAUUUUUGCAGACACCUACAAAACCAAAACAACAGCAACAGCAACAAAUACUUGAAUGGAGUCCCGUGAUCUCGCCCAAUUCAAAAAAGACACUCGCAUCUCAAAUCAAAGACACGUCUCCACGUCGUCGUGUCAAGAAAACCUCACUUCUUCCGCCUGGUGAGUUGGAUAAUUACUGGACAGGUCCAGAUGAAAAUAAAAACUAUACAUGCACAUAUCAAAACUGUGGCAAGCUAUUUACUAGACGAUACAAUGUUCGAUCACACAUCCAAACCCAUUUGAGUGACCGACCAUUUGGCUGUUCCUUCUGUCCCAAGAGAUUCGUUAGACAGCAUGAUCUAAAUCGACAUUUGAAAUGUCAUAGCGAAUUUAGAUUAAGUAAAUGUCCUUGUGGCAAAGAAUUUGCUAGAGUCGAUGCUUUAAAAAAGCACCAGGAAAGAAAUAUUUGUGUUGGUGGUGUAAAAGGAUUUGUUACAAAGCCACUGAAGAAAAAAUUGAAUGAGCUUGGUAUAAACAAUAACACAGGCACUGGUGGAGGGAGUAGUAUGACAAAAGGCGCACUUUUAGAUAAACUCAAGGGUGAUCUAGUGGAAAGAGAAGGAAACUAA